AUGAACUUUGGCCAACUCGAAACACACCCGGAUUAUCGCAUCGAGAGCAGCUAUGUGUUGUCGCCAACCACGGCCGAAAGGGUCGAAAUUUUUCGGCAACAAGUCCGCGCUAAUAACCUGCCGGUACUUACGGUUCGCGAAGCACUUGAUGAUCGCGAGUUUCCGACCAUCAUCGCGCUGAUGAGUCGCGGGUUGACGACCGCUGAACCGGAAGAGGUGGUGGUCGACCUGAGUUUCCUGGAAAUCCGACAGCAUUUCGAGGCGGCGCAGCAGCGUUUGGAAUGGGCCGAGAGACAGAAAUUUGCGCUACUCAAGCAUUUCAAGGCGUUGUUGAUGGAAUCUCAGCCGCAUUUGGAUGCAAACCGAAUCGCGCAGUUGGAGGGCUUCAUCGGGCAAAUGGACGCUGGGCCGCUAGCGCCGGUGCCUGGAAUUAACCAGCAAAAUCCCCCCACCUGGGGGCCGGCGCCGCCCCAUGAUUCGUCACCGCUUUGUGGUUCCCCC